GGGUCGGAGACGCGAGCAGGCCCCUUAUUCUCUCAGUGGCCUCGGUUCGCCCCCAAAGCGGUCCGGCCGGGGUUGACCCAAGACCCAAGGCGGGGGGCGGUACCGGAGUGCCGAAAGGGCGAGGGUGGGGAUAGAGGUGGGCUGCCUGGCCUGGGAGUCUGGAGCCUCGGGUUCCGGGAACCCUCCCUGCGCGACCUUUGACAAGUCACUCCUCUGUGGGUCUCAGUUUCCCUGCUGUCAAAAGGGAGAGAUGUGGGGUCCCUCCCUUUGACAGUCCACGCACGGGCGGAUCUGGAAGGAUCCUGAGUGAAUGAGAUCCAGACUGCUGUGGCAGAUAAUGUGUUGCCAUAGUUCCUUGGCCCACAUUUAAGGGGGAAUGUAGCCAGCUUGGAUGUCUGAAGCUUUUUAGGCACCUGUCUCAGAAUUCCUGGUUGCUGGCCUAAGGACCACUGUGGUGGUUCAAGAGCUGGUCAUCAGUGCAGGAUAGCCACACAGCAAAAUGUUUGCAAAACUAAAGAAGAAAAUUGCAGAAGAGACUGCUGUUGCCCAGCGGCCGGGAGGUGCUACCAGGAUCCCACGGUCGGUGAGCAAGGAAUCGGUUGCCUCUAUGGGAGCUGACUCAGGAGAUGACUUUGCUUCCGAUGGAAGCAGCUCCAGAGAAGAUCUUUCUUCUCAGCUUUUGAGAAGGAAUGAACAGAUACGGAAACUAGAGGCCAGACUUUCUGACUAUGCUGAACAGGUCCGAAACUUGCAGAAGAUAAAAGAGAAGCUUGAAAUUGCAUUAGAAAAACACCAGGAUUCUUCUAUGCGGAAAUUUCAAGAGCAGAAUGAGACAUUCCAAGCCAACAGAGCCAAAAUGGCAGAAGGACUGGCUUUGGCAUUAGCCAGAAAGGACGAGGAAUGGUCAGAAAAAGUGGAUCAGCUCGAAAAGGAAAAAAGGUUUCUGACAGCUCAAUUACAGGAACUGAGGAACCAGAGUCUGAAUCUUUUCCAAAGAAGAGAUGAAAUGGAUGAAUUAGAGGGGUUCCAGCAGCAGGAACUAAGUAAAGUAAAGCACAUGCUUUUAAAAAAAGAAGAAAGUCUGAGGAAAAUGGAGCAAGAGUUGGAAGCACGAACCAGAGAACUUAGUCACACCCAGGAGGAGUUGAUGACCUCCAAUCAGAUGUCAUCAGACUUAAGACAGAAGCUAGAAGAACUGCAGAGACACUACUCAGCGCUGGAAGAGCAGAGAGAUCAUGUGACAGCUUCAAAGACAGGUGCAGAAAAUAAGAUCACAGAGCUGGAGCAAAAGGAACAAGAGCUCCAAGCAUUCAUUCAGCAGCUUUCCAUUGAUCUGCAGAAGGUCACUGCUGGAACUGAAGAGAAAGAAAAACUCAUCACACAUUUGCAAGAGAAAGUCACAUCCUUAGAGAAGAGACUGGAGCAGAACUUCUCAGGAGAAGAACAUGUGCAGGAACUCCUGAGAGAGAAAACAAUUGCUGAGCAGAAUUUGGAGGAUACCAGACAGCAGCUCUUGGCAGCUAGAAGCAGACAGGCCGAGGCCAUUGACACCCUGGAGACUCGGGUAAAAGAGCUAGAGCAGAGCCUGUGGGCCUCUGAGGAGAAGCUGCGACAGAGCAGUGACGUGGUAACAGCUCAGGAAGCUCAGAUUCAGGCGCUUGCCGCUGCAGACAAGGAGAGCGGCCGUGCACAGCAGCAGGCCCUCGCUCUGCAUCAGCAGUGCACGGAGCGCGUCCACACGCUGGAGGCCCAGCUCCAUGCCCUCGGGAGAGCUCGGGUGGCCGACCUGAUAGCUGUAGAUCACGAGGUGAGAGAGCUGAAGCAAGAAAAUACAGCCCUUAAAGAAAGUAAGAAUGAAUGUGAACAUUCUUUACAACAUCACCAACUUGAAUUAAAGAAGCUAAAGGAAGAAGAGAACCAAAGAGAAAUUGAGAGCGUAGCAAUGGCUCAAGCGCUGGAGGAGGUGCAGAAGCAGAGGGAAGAACUCCAGAAACAGGCUGUGAACCUGACAGCCGUAGUAGAAGAGAAGGAGCAGAGUCUGCAGGAGAAAAAUGAAAUGCUUCUCCAGAAAGAACAGGAGAUUCUCCAGUUGAAGAAAGGUCACGACACGGCCCUGCUGCAGACGCAGCAGCUGCAGAAUGAGCUGAAGGCCCUGCGGAGCCUGCGGGCAGCGGAGAGCCAGGCAGCGGCUGUGCAGGAGGACCUGCUGAGGUUGCCGGGCCAGGAGCAGGGGCUGGCGCUCUCCAUCAGUGAGCUUCACGUGACGUCGAGGGCCAUGCAGGACCCCAUGUACCAGCUUCCGGCUGCAGAGGGAAUACCAAAUGGUGAGGUGGGGGCCAUGGAUCUAAGGCAACUACAGAAGGAAAAACAGGACUUGGAACAGCAACUUCUGGAGAAAAAUAAGACCAUAAAGCAGAUGCAGCAGAGGAUGCUGGAACUCAAAAAGACACUGCAGAGGGAACUGAAAAUCAGACCCGAUAAUGAGCUUUUUGAAGUCCGGGAGAAGCCCGGCCCUGAGAUGCCAAACAUGGCCCCUUCUGUCACAAAUAACGCCGACCUGCCUGAUACCCGCGAAAUCAACUUCGAGUACCUUAAACACGUGGUUUUAAAAUUCAUGUCCUGUCGCGAAUCCGAGGCUUUUCAUCUUAUAAAAGCUGUGUCAGUGUUGCUGAACUUUUCGCCAGAGGAAGAGAACAUGCUCAAAGAAACCCUGGAGUAUAAGAUGUCAUGGUUUGGGUCCAAGCCAGCUCCCAAGGGCAGCAUCCGGCCAUCCAUCUCCAACCCUCGGAUACCGUGGUCCUAGAUGGAACUACCCAAGGAUGGAGCUCCGUGGGCUGACACUUUUUCUGUGAAAAGAACACUGACACACCAGUCUGGGUGGGUUUUUAAUCACUGUAACUGCAGUAUUUUGUACACGCGUCCAAACAUUGUUUACAAGAUGUAAGGCCCACUUCCCUGCAGUCUGCUAUGAACCUCAGGAGGUAACUGAUCCUGUCAUUCUGGUCACAAACGGGAGGGUCCUGACACUACCCACAUUUCCAGUGCUGCUGAAAUCCCAGCCCUGGCCUGCACCAUCUGCACUUCAAUCCUGACUUUUCAUAUUAGCUCUUAAAGCUGAAGCCGUCACCAUCUGGCAGGGAGGAGGCACCUGAUCCAUCGUGUAGUGCGGACAUCAUCGGAGUAAAGAGAGCCCUUUGAAAUGGUGCACAGCAGGCCAGACUCACCUGCUUCUGCCAGGAAGAGCCAACUCGGCAGGGGGGCUUUUAUUUGUCCCCUCCUCUUGGGUUCAGAUGAGUUAGAAGAGGCUUUUUAACCCUUCCUCUCAAGAAAACAUCAUUUUACCUUUGUUUCUCAAACCGCCCAGAACUUUAGAUGUGUACAUCUUGAAAGCCCUCUGGGGCCAGUGGGGACGAAUGAGUACGCAGCUGACAGUAUCUCAUUUCACUGAAGAGAACUAGCAAAUAUAUAAAAAGAUCCUUAGUACCAAAUACACUCAAUUGCCUUUUUAAUGAAUGUACUUGUCUUGGAUAGGUUGCUGUAAACCAUUUUAAACUUUUUUUAUAGCUAAAGUUCUUCACUUAUAAACAUGUCUUCUGCUUUAUAAAAUCCAUUUAAUGGUGUUAAAGGAAAAUCAGAGCAUCAAGAGGAAACUUUCUAAGGUUGGGAUUCCUGUCCUUUCGUAAUUUCACUAGCAUUCUAUGGCCUCUGCUUCCGUCUGAAGCAGUGGUGGUAUCUCAUUUGUCCUGCUCUGAAUUCUGGGUUGUAACACUGAGCAGAUGCUAAUCACACGUUUUCUACUGUUAAGCAGUCUGCUGUAUUCAAAGGAGGCAGCUGUUGUCCCACCCCCAGCCUUGACCACAACACUGGAGGUGGUCCACCCUGGAUAUGGAUCGACCUCUCACCUACCCCGAAAUAUUUUAAGAUACCAGUCAUAUAUGGCGUCCACAGCCCCCAGUUGGCUGCAGUACUUGAUAGCAUGCAGGUGGCUUGUAGUGAGGGAUAAAAACUUGUAUUCUUAUUAAAGGGAACAUGCUUGCCCUGGAGAAGCCACAUCAAAUCUAGGGGAAACCAUUUAUUCAUUUAGUUUGAGGCAAGCCUCACUGAUUAAAUAAACUGAAUAAAUAACUGGAGCUCCUAACCUUAUUGUUAGCCCAUGUUGUAAAGUUAGAUUUCUCAAUUAUGCUUAGGGUUACAAUAUCUCACAGAAAAACAAGGAUUUGCAGAGUUUACCUGCUCCAUUUCCACAGACCUACACGUACCAAGUAAGGGCAGCAUCACCUUCGUCCCCACUCAGGCUCCCUGCCAUCCAAGUGACCCAUCCUUCAGUCAACCUACCUCUCCCCUGACUCCUCCCUGCAGAUGCCUGUCCUGUUUAGAAUGCUGUUUUCCAUUUACCUGGUGGGGACACAAGAGUCUCUUCUGUAAUUUUGAUGAGGAAGUGGUAGCUUUUCCACCUGUUCCAGGAGAGGAUCCCACAGGUUGGGCAGCUCAGGGCUCUCCAGAGGCGACUCCAGCAGUUGUGAGCCUGUCCUAGUCCUCAGUGGCCUCUGCAGCCCUUGAGCUGGUCUCAGCCCCGCCCACGUCCCCAAGCAGAUCUAGGUGUAGCUGUGGGGCCCAUUCCUUAGUCUGCACUUGCUUAGGGAGGAUUCAUUCGAUUAGGCUUUCCUCCUGCAUGUUGAACUUCUUUCAGCUUUAAGAGGAAGACUGAUGAUUCUAAGUGAUUUCAUGCACUUUCACGUGUAUAAACACUCUGUGAUAGACACUAUGUAUAGCCCUUUAUGAGCAUUGGAUCUGGACCGCUCCCUCCAUGUUGUAAAUAGGGAUUGUAUUAUCUAAAAUUGCUGUAGAAAACUCAUUUGUGGUGCAAUAUACUUUUUGAUUAAAGCUCUUCAAUCCAGA